UUGGCGGAAAGUUCAACUUCGAUGAGAUGCAGACACGAAGGAGUACAUUCGAUAACUUCCCCCAGUCCCUCCUCACCGUGUUCCAGGGAUGUUAGUCUGUAUUUACUUCAUCAUCCUCUUCAUCUGUGGAAAUUAUAUCCUACUGAAUGUGUUCUUGGCCAUUGCUGUGGACAACUUGGCUGAUGCUGAGAGCCUCACAUCUGCCCAAAAGGAGGAGGAAGAAGAGAAGGAGAGAAAGAAGUUGGCCAGAACUGCCAGCCCAGAAAAGAAACAAGAGGUGGUGGAGAAGCCGGCAGUGGAGGAGACCAAGGAGGAGAAAAUUGAGCUGAAAUCCAUUACGGCUGAUGGAGAGUCCCCACCCACCACCAAGAUCAACAUGGAUGACCUGCAGCCCAACGAAAAUGAGGAUAAGAGUUCCUACCCGAACCCAGAAAACACAGGAGAAGAGGAGGAGGAGGAGCCUGAGAUGCCAGUGGGCCCCCGCCCCCGCCCCCUCUCUGAGCUGCACCUGAAGGAAAAGGCGGUGCCCAUGCCAGAAGCCAGCGCAUUUUUCAUCUUCAGCCCCAAUAACAGGUUCCGCCUCCAGUGCCACCGCAUUGUCAAUGACACGAUCUUCACCAACCUGAUUCUCUUCUUUAUCCUGCUCAGCAGCAUUUCCCUGGCUGCUGAGGACCCUGUGCAGCACAGUUCCUUCAGGAACCAUAUCCUAGGCAAUGCAGACUAUGUCUUCACUAGUAUCUUUACAUUAGAAAUUAUCCUUAAGAUGACUGCCUAUGGGGCUUUCCUGCACAAGGGCUCUUUCUGCCGGAACUACUUCAACAUCUUGGACCUGCUGGUGGUCAGCGUGUCCCUCAUCUCCUUUGGCAUACAGUCCAGCGCGAUCAAUGUUGUGAAGAUCUUGCGAGUUCUCAGAGUACUCAGGCCCCUGAGGGCCAUCAACAGGGCCAAGGGGCUAAAGCACGUGGUUCAGUGUGUGUUUGUCGCCAUCCGGACCAUCGGGAACAUUGUGAUUGUCACCACGCUGCUGCAGUUCAUGUUCGCCUGCAUCGGGGUCCAGCUCUUCAAGGGAAAGCUCUACACCUGUUCAGAUAGUUCCAAGCAGACGGAGGCGGAAUGCAAGGGCAACUACAUCACGUACAAAGACGGGGAGGUCGACCAGCCCAUCGUUCAGCCCCGCAGCUGGGAGAACAGCAAAUUUGACUUCGACAAUGUGCUGGCGGCCAUGAUGGCCCUCUUCACCGUCUCCACCUUUGAGGGGUGGCCCGAGCUGCUGUACCGCUCCAUUGACUCACACACAGAAGACAAGGGCCCCAUCUACAACUACCGCGUAGAGAUCUCCAUCUUCUUCAUCAUCUACAUCAUCAUCAUUGCCUUCUUCAUGAUGAACAUCUUCGUGGGUUUCGUCAUUGUCACCUUCCAGGAGCAGGGGGAGCAGGAGUACAAGAACUGUGAGCUGGACAAGAACCAGCGACAGUGCGUGGAAUACGCCCUCAAGGCCCGGCCCCUGCGGAGGUACAUCCCCAAGAACCAGCACCAGUACAAGGUGUGGUACGUGGUCAACUCCACCUACUUUGAGUACCUGAUGUUCGUCCUCAUCCUGCUCAACACCAUCUGCUUGGCCAUGCAGCACUACGGCCAGAGCUGCCUGUUCAAAAUCGCCAUGAACAUCCUCAAUAUGCUCUUCACCGGCCUCUUCACCGUGGAGAUGAUCUUGAAGCUCAUUGCCUUCAAACCCAAGCACUAUUUCUGUGAUGCAUGGAAUACAUUUGACGCCUUGAUUGUUGUGGGUAGCAUUGUUGAUAUAGCAAUCACCGAGGUAAACCCAGCUGAACAUACCCAAUGCUCUCCCUCUAUGAAUGCAGAGGAAAACUCCCGCAUCUCCAUCACUUUCUUCCGCCUCUUCCGCGUCAUGCGCCUGGUCAAGCUGCUGAGCCGCGGGGAGGGCAUCCGGACCCUGCUGUGGACCUUCAUCAAGUCCUUCCAGGCCCUGCCAUACGUGGCCCUGCUGAUAGUGAUGCUGUUCUUCAUCUACGCCGUGAUCGGGAUGCAGGUGUUUGGAAAAAUUGCCCUGAAUGACACCACAGAGAUCAACCGCAACAACAACUUUCAGACCUUCCCACAAGCCGUGCUGCUGCUCUUCAGGUGUGCCACCGGGGAGGCCUGGCAGGACAUCAUGCUGGCCUGCAUGCCAGGCAAGAAGUGUGCCCCAGAGUCCGAGCCCAGCAACAGCACGGAAGGCGAGACGCCCUGUGGCAGCAGCUUCGCUGUUUUCUACUUCAUCAGCUUCUACAUGCUCUGCGCCUUCCUGAUCAUCAACCUCUUUGUAGCUGUCAUCAUGGACAACUUUGACUACCUGACAAGGGACUGGUCAAUCCUUGGUCCCCACCACCUGGAUGAAUUUAAAAGGAUCUGGGCAGAGUAUGACCCUGAAGCCAAGGGUCGCAUCAAACACCUAGACGUGGUGACCCUCCUCCGGCGGAUUCAGCCACCCCUGGGUUUUGGGAAGCUGUGCCCUCACCGAGUGGCUUGCAAACGCCUGGUCUCCAUGAACAUGCCUCUCAACAGUGAUGGGACCGUCAUGUUCAAUGCCACCCUGUUUGCCCUAGUCCGGACAGCCCUGAGGAUCAAAACAGAAGGGAACCUGGAACAAGCCAAUGAGGAGUUGCGGGCCAUAAUCAAGAAGAUCUGGAAGCGGACCAGCAUGAAGCUGCUGGACCAAGUGGUGCCCCCUGCAGGGGAUGAUGAGGUCACGGUUGGCAAGUUUUACGCUACUUUCCUGAUCCAAGAAUACUUCCGCAAAUUCAAGAAGCGCAAGGAGCAGGGGCUGGUGGGCAAGCCCUCGCAGAGGAGUGCCCUGUCCCUGCAGGCUGGCCUGCGUACACUGCAUGACAUCGGGCCUGAGAUCCGUCGGGCCAUCUCUGGAGACCUGGCAGCCGAGGAGGAGCUAGACAAGGCCAUGAAGGAGGCUGUGUCUGCUGCCUCCGAAGAUGACAUCUUCAGGAGGGCUGGUGGCCUGUUCGGCAACCACGUCGGCUACUACCAAAGUGAUGGCCGCGGCGCCUUCCCCCAGACCUUCACCACCCAGCGCCCACUGCACAUCAACAAGGCGGGUAACAGCCAAGGCGACACUGAGUCGCCGUCCCAUGAGAAACUGGUGGACUCCACCUUCACCCCCAGCAGCUACUCGUCCACUGGCUCCAACGCCAACAUCAACAACGCCAACAACACUGCCCUGGGCCGCUUCCCCCACCCCGCCGGCCACGCCAGCACGGUCAGCACUGUGGAGGGCCAUGGGCUCCCCGCGUCCCCUGCCAUCCGGGCUCAGGAGGCGGCGUGGAAGCUCAGCUCCAAGAGGUGCCACUCCCGGGACAGCCAGAUAGCCAUGGUGUGUCAGGAGGAGGCAUCUCCGGACGAGACCUGUGAGGGGAAGACAGAAGGAGAUGCCACGGAGUACUUCGCCAGGUCUAGCCCUUGCUCCACAGACAUGCUCUCCUACCAAGAUGAUGAAAAUCGACAACUGACACUCCCAGAGGAGGACAGGAGGGACACCCGGCAAUCUCCAAAGAGGGGCUUCCUCCGCUCCGCCUCUCUAGGUCGAAGGGCCUCCUUCCACCUGGAAUGUCUGAAGCGACAGAAGAAUCAAGGAGGAGACAUCUCUCAGAAGACAGUCCUGCCUUUGCAUCUGGUUCAUCAUCAGGCACUGGCAGUGGCGGGCCUGAGCCCCCUCCUCCAGAGAAGCCAUUCCCCCACCACGUUCCCCAGGCCGUGUGCCCCCCCCCCUGCCACGCCCGGCGGCCGAGGCUGGCCCCUGCAGCCCAUCCCCACCCUGCGGCUGGAGGGGGCCGAGUCCAACGAGAAACUCAAUAGCAGCUUCCCGUCGAUCCACUGCAGCUCGUGGUCUGAGGAGCCCGUCCCUUGCGGGGGGGGCAGCGCAGUCCGGAGAGGCCGGCCUGUCUCCCUCACUGUGCCCAGCCAGGCCGGGGCCCCAGGGAGACAGUUCCACGGCAGCGCCAGCAGUCUGGUUGAAGCGGUCUUGAUUUCAGAAGGACUGGGGCAGUUUGCUCAAGAUCCCAGGUUUAUCGAGGUCACCACCCACGAGCUGGCCGACGCCUGCGACAUGACGAUAGAGGAGAUGGAGAACGCCGCCGACGACAUCCUCAGCGCGGGCGCGGGCCCGAGCCCCAACGGCUCGCUCGUCCCUUUCGCUAACUGCAGGGACCCGGGGCAGGACCGAGCGGGGGCUGAGGAGGAGCCCCAGGACAGCAGGGCCUUCAGCCAGGGCCCUGCGCGUUGGAGAAGGGAGCAGGCACGACUUCCCGCGGCUCGCAGCCCGGCCACCUGCGCCCACCUGCGACGGGAUCACUUUACCUGCACAAGCCACGCCCAGCCCCAGGCCCGCAGCCGGGCGCAGGCAGCGCGAGGACGGGCUGGCACCGCCCGCUCUCCACGACACGAGGUGGUGCUGAGCUUCUCUCGAGCGCUCUGUUUCUGUGUCAGCAUGGGCGAGAAGACCCGAGCAGCCUUCCUCCCUGUGCCCUACAAGCAUGGUGUCCGCAGUGACAAGGGCACCUUGCCCUGUGCUGCUGUGAAGGGAGGCAGUGCAGGGGAGAAGUGGUUAUUGAUCCGAUUGAUCAGAGUGGCGGCUAUUAACGGGGCCACAGUUGCUGGUGUGGGCCGCUGCGUGGUGAAGUUGGCGCACACGCGGGACGCGCUCUCGGGCUCUAUCUUUCCCGCCUCUGCAGCACGUAUGGGGAUCGCAGCUCGGGAAUUUCGGCUGCAGAAAGCAGCAGGGUAG